UACCUCAAUUCUAGGGUUUUUCCUUCCUUUUUUUUUUUUUUUUUAAAAAUUUUUUUAUUUAAACCCCUUUUCUUUUCCACUUUUAAUUCCUUAGGUUUAGUCCCUUCCCACUCUGCUUUUCGAUCUCUUCUCUCUCUCUCUCUCUCUCUCUACUUCCUCUGAUUCCCAGUAUAUUUCUUCUAAAUCUUCACUGCUUCUCUCUCUCUCUUAGUUUUUUCUUCCUACACCACACGCACGCACAACCCUUCUUUCUGCCUUUCUCUUAUGAUGUCCUAGAACCCUAUCCUAUCCUCGCCAAUCCGAAUUCAUCGUUAUUUGCGUAUUCAUUGUGUGAUUGAUUUUCCCCUGUGGGUGCGUGUGGUGGAGAAUAGUGGUCGUUGUGAAUGGCAUACCAAGCGAUCCAGGGUCCGAGUUCGGGAUCGAGUUCGAGUUCGGGGUUUCAGUUAUUGAAUUCUCAGUUCGGAGACACGACUUACACGAAGGUCUUCGUCGGAGGAUUGGCCUGGGAGACUCAGAGCGAGACCAUGCGCCGGUACUUCGAGCAGUUCGGCGAGAUUCUGGAGGCCGUCGUCAUCACCGAUAAGAACACCGGCCGAUCCAAGGGCUAUGGUUUCGUGACUUUCCGGGAUCCCGAGGCUGCAAGGAGAGCGUGUGCUGAUCCAACACCCGUUAUUGAUGGAAGAAGGGCCAAUUGUAACUUGGCUUCACUUGGUCGACCACGGCCUCUGCCUUAUGGACGGAUAAGACCUGCCUCCCCUUAUGUCGGGAGUUUGCAACCACCCCGUGGUGCUUAUGUUGGAGGUUUUGGCUACCAGCAACCGCUUUCCUACAACUAUCAACAAGGAUUGGUUUACCCUCCUUAUGGGUAUACGACAUAUGGACCUGAGUACGUCUACCCACAGAGUCUGUACAACCCAUAUAUGGGGCAACAGUACCUUCAGAUAUAUGGAGUGCCUGGGGCAGUGAAUACAACUAUUUAUCCUUAUGGACAAUUGGGUCAGGCUAUCCCUAGUGGUCAUGGUUAUUCCGCAAUGCAGGGUUAUACAGUACCAGGUCAUCAGAUUGUACCCUAUGGUGGAUCCAAUGUUAAUGCCAUAACAACUUCACCCAUGCCUGCGAUUCAAGCUUCAUAUCCUAGUGGAAUUGCUGCACCAGUUCCUGGCCAACCACAAUUUAUUGUUCCUGCUCCUUCUUCCCAGUUUAUGCAAGGUAGUGGUCCUGACCAAACAGCUGGGUGAGGGGGCGAAUAAGGUAUCCUUAGUUUGCAGCAGGACUAAGAGCAGCGGAACUGCUACUUGAGUGGCGGGCUUCCAAUCUAGCCUUGCAAGUUAAUUAUUUUGCAUUCUAGAGGUCAUAUAUAGUCAUGCUCACCAAGUUGUGUCUGAGUCGCUCCAGAUGGCGAAGGAAACUGGAAUGUGCGGGCUGGUUUUCCAUUUGGACAUUUACACUAGUGUAUUUAUACCUAGUACUACCUGUACUCAGGGAGAGUGGCGGUAGUAUUGGAUCAAUGGGUGCUGGAAUAGGUUUCUUGCAGCCAUGUAGGAAUAAACUUCUGUAAAAAAGAAAAUCACGUUUGAAUCAAAAUAUGAUUCUUUGUAGUCUUGUCCAGCAUUGAGUUUGUAGAUAGUUGUCAAUGUUGGUGAAUUGUGUGUCGAUGGAUGGUCCAUCACAUUGAAUGUGAUUUGUGCAUAGUAGUUGUCAGGGGUUCUACCAGAAGACCACGGGGUGUAAUUUUAUGAUUUUAAGAACCUGCCGAUCAUGCAGGGUAGAACCAUCAGUAUAUUCCAUUAGAGAGGAUUGCAGUGGUUCUUUAGUGUUAUAUUACCGUCAUUCAUCACGGAGUCACAUCACAUGUUCAACAUUUUCUUGAAUUAAUUUUCAACAUUUUCGUCAA